AUGGCCACCUGUGGCGGUGAUGCUGACACCCUACGGGCAACACUGCUAAACUGCGUCAAUCAUUUUUCCGGUGACCAUCGGUGUUGCGCUUCGGAAUCACAAUGCAAGGAUGUUGGGCACGUUCCGAGUACGCUGCUCGUUAAAGAUUCCGUAGCUCUCGAUCUCUUGACAAUUUUUAUCAAGUCAACGACAGUGUACAAGCACGCGCACAAUUUUGUGAGGUCGAAGGACACUUUCUACGUCGAAUCCUUCAAUAACACGGUACUCAUGUACCUGGACAAACGCACCCACUACCAGAACGAGACAUAUAACCUAAGACAGAGCCUCACUGUGCUCGAUUGGAACGAGCACGUCGGACGAACGAGCACGUCGGCAUACCGCGUGGAGAACUGCCGGCACCCGGACAGGCAGGGUGGGAAGAAAAACUACUGCAAAAAAGUUACAGUUUUUUAA